AUGGCUUUCGCAAAGGCAGUUACAAAUGCAAACGGAGCAGCAACAAUAAGUUUUAUAAUGGACUUAAUAACACCUUACGGGGUACCUAAAUAUUGUUGUGAUAGGGGCACCCAUUUCAAAAAUAAAGAGGUAGACUAUGCCUGUAAAAAAUUAGGUAUUUCUCAAAUUUUCUCUAGUGCGUAUCAUCCACAGACACAAGGUAUGACCGAACUUAUGAAUAAAAUCAUCUGUAAUAGUUUAUCACAUUAUGUAAAUGAAAAUCAAAAAGACUGGUCAUUAUAUUAUAAAAUGAUCAUUUUUGCUUAUAAUACUAGCCCAAGUUUGAGAUUAAAAGUAAGCCCAUUUUAUUUACUCCACGAUAUAGAAGCAAGCCAACCUAUAUAUAAUAAAUUAACUACAGAAGACGAGUUGUUUGACUUUACUAAAGCACUAAAGCAACUUCAAAAAAUUAGAGACACUAUUCCCAAAAUUGUUGAAAAAGAACAAGCUGUUCAGAAAAAACAAUAUGACAUAAGUCACAAAAAUAUAAAUUUCAAACUGGGACAAAAAGAGUUCAAUUAA